CCGCGUUAUAAAAACAUAUAAAAAAAUUGGAUCCAGCUACAUUAUGGACAUUGCAUUCACUACGUGACCUCCUCUUAAGUCUUAAUACACGUAUUUUUGCAUGUAUAAAUAAGCAUUGCCUCCUUAAUUACAUUUGAUUAAAAACUAAACAAACCAAAAAUGUCUAAUUUUCUAAGGAAGAAGCUACACCUCUGUUUCUCCUCUUCCGGUGGUCUCUCACCGUCGAUUCCUUCCUCUCCGAUCAUCGUAUCAAAUCACAACGCUCAAUCUCAUCCUCAUCACACUCCCUCAAUCUUCAUCAACAACUUCAACUCUCUUUACGAUCAGCUCUCUGUUUCUUCUCCCCUCCACCGCCGUCACAGUUCCGAGAACCCCGCCGGGGUGUUCUCCACUAACCGCCGCGAAGAAGAAGAAGAAGACGAAACCACCACCUCCGUUUCGAAGCUUUUAAGCGGCGGGACGGCGAUAAUGAAGCACAUAGAGUCACCGGAUCCGUACAGAGAUUUCGGAAGAUCGAUGAGAGAGAUGGUGGAAGCUAGAGAUUUAACGAGAGACGUCGUCGCCGAUAGAGAAUACUUGCACGAACUGUUAUUCUGUUAUCUCUAUUUGAAUCCGAAACAUACUCACAGAUUCAUCGUCUCUGCUUUCGCCGAUACGCUCCUCUGGUUACUUUCUCCGUCGCCGUCGCCAGAGCAUUUUUUAUCCUAAAUUUAAAUUUUUUCAAAUAAAUAUUUGGGCUUUAUAAGGCCCAUAAUAAUU